CCUCUUCUCUCCGCUCAUCCCCUGCCCAGCGAUGCUGACAGCGGGGGCAGCCAAUUUCGUGUUUUUUUUUGCUUUUUGCUUUUUAGCUUCGCCGCUGUUUCGCACCGUCGGGCUUCUUUCCGCGCACCACAGCCCCAGCGCCGUGCCAACCUCGUCCUGGACUCACUUUUGGAUGCGGGGUCACAACCCCCGCUCUCGGGCCCCUCGGACUGCGGUAGUCCAAGGCCAGCCGCCCAGCCAGCCCAACCGUCCUGAGCCAAGCGGCCAGCGGACUGCACGAGUCUCCAUCUGCCCCGAGGAUGCCCUUGGACGGCAGACAGCGUCGUUCCCCAUCCCAGCUCCCCAACAGACCCCGCUCCCCAACAGACCCCGCUCCUCCGGGAACGAAUGCCAGUAGCCAAGCCCAGACAAGCACGGCCCGGCGACGGCCCCAAACCGGACGACAUGCAUCACAAACAUAGCCUUUGAGGGGGUGGCGCUUUGCUCGCGCUUAGCCUCGGCCUGCCACCGGCAUCCGAGUACGUGUGGGCGCGCAAUGCCCGCAGGUGCAUGCUGUACUGUACUGUACUGUGUGACUGUGUACAGUAGAGACACAGCCGCAGUUCGUCUAGAUCAUGGCCGGCCAAAGCACACCCGGUUCCCCGUCCAAUCAUGCUGCCCGCCCGAACGCGACACCAUGUUCGCCAGCAACAGCCAGCGUAGCAACGCCAGGCCUGGCGAGGCCUGCUGUACGCAUCAUACCCAUCGAACCUUGUUGCAGAGCUAGCUUGAGAACCCAAUCCCCAAGUAGUGGUGCUUCCUGCUCGCGGGCGCCAAGGCACAUCGACUGUGAUGCUUGUUAGGUAAUACAUGAGCUGGCCUCAGACUGCAUACCGCAUACACCUUGCCUGCGCAGCUCGAUCUCGAAUGGCACGCUGCAUGGGCAUUGUUGGUGUUUCGACAUAAGAGGGGAAAUUUAUUUUCUCGGCGUCGUAUCCCAUCUCCCUGCAUGCAGCAGCUAGCUUUGCCCCUUCAUUCCCUAAAGUCGCACAGCGUCCAGUCGACGAGCCGACUCUUCCUGUGUUUGCAGCGUAAGCCUAGAACGCCUUCUUCCGUCUAGAUGCCUACCCUAGGUGUAGUUGCCGAGAUAGUUUUAUGUUGCAUAGGUCACUGCGAGCGAACCCUGAGUUCAUGUGUAGGGCUUUGAUGUCUGUGGGUCUGGCGUCUCCCCACGCCUCGGAAAUCUCGCAGACACUAGGUAACCGAGCGGACAAGCGGCCUCCCAGACGUGUUCGCUGUCCGACAAGAGGGAGAGGCGCACCAGAAACGUUCGAGAUGCGCAGGCCCCGACCUCCAAAACGGGCAAACAGCAAACUUCCCCCCGACAAACCUAAUCGAACAAACGAAGCGCUACUUUAGUAGGGCUGAGAAUCGCGAUUGUUUUGGGCAUAAUGCCUGACAUCUGACCUCCCAUAGUCAGCAAUCUAGACGCCGGCUACUGCAGCUGCGUGAGGGGCCUCGCAUCCUCUAGUUGCAGCGAGAAACCUAACGCAUGGAUGACACGGCUAGCUCCUCCGCUCCCUUGCCCCCAAUGCCCCGAGAGACGGCUGUCUGAUGCCGGCACUGCAGAGAGGGGCCGUGUUUGAGUUGGAGCCGGCAUGAGAGCAUGGCGGACCAGGAGUUUCGGGACCUCGAUCGGCUGGUCGUCCACGCCAUGGCAUCCAAUGGAGCCUGAGGGGUUUGCCCUCGAAGCGAGGUAGGUGCGUCAAGGCCUUGGGCUGGUGCCGGGGGAUAAGCGUAGUGGGAGAAGUAGGAAGGAGGCGAAGGGGGCGAGACACGCUCGCCAGCCGGGUAUAUAAGUCUCGAGGACAUCGCCCUCUUGGCCCUCUCGAUUUGUCCUCCGGAUCAGCCUCCACAGCAAGCACUGUUCGGCCAUCUCCCAGCUCACUAACAGCAACCAAAAGUUCUUCUCUCUUCUCUUCUUGACUUCUUAGCAUCCUUCGGGAAAGGAUAUAGCACCCUGUUCUUUAAUAACCUUACCCUCUCUUCUACUCACUCCCUUCACAUCGACAUCAUGGGUGACAUGCGCAGCUUCACCUCCGAGGGCUCCCGCGUCGUCUCCAUCGACCCCUACGCGCUGGUCUCCGCCAUCAUGGGCAGCCAGAUCGAGCGCCGCGGCGGGGCCUCGUCCUCGAGCUCGACUGUCGACGGCCUGCAGGCGGACUACGACGAGCUCGUCGACGUCAACUCGGGCGACAACGACAACGACCGCAACCGCGACCGCCAGGGCCCCAAGCCCGACCAGGCCCCCAAGAAGGUCUGCGUUGGUGCUGCCAACCCGUACGCCAUGGUCGAGGCCAUCCUGGGCCGCAAGGUCGACAAGACCAGCAUCGAGGUGGCCCGCAUCAUGUCGGACGUGCUCCAGACCGACUACGACGAGCUCUUCGACAUGAAGCACCGCUCCGUCCUGUACGCCGGCCUCCAGCUCAACGGCGACAAGAAGAUGGCCGAGCAGGUCUCGCAGAAGGACAUGAAGAUCCUCAACGAGAACGACCUCAUCACCCCGGACCUGUCCCGGGUCGAGAAGCUCAAGGACCUCGAGAAGAUCGGGCUCAAGGACCUCGACAACGCCAAGGUCAAGAUGUGCCGCCUGCACAACGGCAAGCUCCGCCUGAUCCUGCACGCCGACCGCAUCGGCCGCACCGUCAGCAACAAGGAGGUGACGCGCUCCAUCAACGACCUGAUCACGCCCUUCCGCCACAACAGCGACAACAAGAACAAGUGGACCCCGCCCAACUCGUCGUGGCGCGACGGCUACGACUACUUCUUCCAGAUGUUCAACAGCCGCCUCAUCAACGACAUCAACCAGUUCUACAUCGGCGGCCGCCCCGACCAGAUGCUCGCCGGCGCCGGCGGCUUCCUCGGCAACAACCAGCAGAGCAUGAUGCUCGCCCAGGCCGCCGGCAUCGACACCACCCGCCGCGGCGUCCAGUUCAACCGCUUCGACGACCCCGUCCAGGGCUGCGCCCCCAACUCCUGGUUCGUCUCGGCCCUCUUCUCCGUCUUCUGGGCCGACCCGUGCUUCAUCAACCGCGACACGCGCCUGCACAGCUCCAGCCAGCACCGUGGCGGCCGCCGCGGCGGCUGCGGCAGCGGCCACAUGGAGGAGCAGGGCAGCCGCGACCGCCAGGGCAGCGAGCGCUACCUCGAGAUCAAGUUCCACAGCCAGGGCGGCGACAACAACUCCAAGACGCGCACCGUCGAGGUCAACUACGACAUCCCCGUCAACAACUCCAACAACCAGCCCCUGUACUGCCGCUCCUCGGACGGCGCCGACAUCUGGCCCUCGCUGUACGAGAAGGCCUUCACCAAGUGGGUGACCGAGACCGACUCUGAGCACCCCGACAUCACCCAGCUGCACUGCGGCGAUCCCAUCAAGGCCAUGGCCCAGAUCAACGGCCGCACCCCGCACUACUACGAGUGCCGCAACCACGCCGCCAUGGACCUCAUCGGCCUGGUCCGCGCCAACUGCGUCAACUUCAAGACCAUCAACCCCAUGUGCGCCUUCACCUACGCCACGGGCCAGCAGUUCUGCGGCUCCAACCUGGUCGCCAACCACGCCUACUCGGUCCUGGGCUACAUCGUCCGCGGCGACCGCCACUACGUCGUCCUCCGCAACCCGUGGGGCGUCACCGAGCCCCAGGGCCUCACCGCCUACCAGGGCCUGCUCACCCGCGUCGACCCCGAGAUGUGGACCCCCGCCGCCCUGCUCGACCACGGCGGCCUCUUCGCCCUCGAGGUCGACAACUUCAAGCACUGCUUCCAGUACAUCGGUGUUGCCAAGUAAAGCGCCCACCCCGCCCGCCACUGGCGACAACGGCAACUGCCAUCUUGGCACGGCUCGGGGCACUUGCAGCCCCCCUCCUGAUGGCCCGUCCUCUUCCCUUCUCUCCCCUGCUGUGCUGAGGCCUUUUUACCUGUUGAUGCUUGUCUGCGGAUCGGGUGUCAUCGAGUUUUGUUCUGUUCUUUUCUGUCCUUUAUGAAGAAAAAGUCCCGCCCCCUGGGUAAUUUGGACGAUGAAAAGGUUUGGAGAAAAAAAGGGGAGCCCAGGGUAAACCCAUUAAAAGUCGUUCCUUUACAACAUUUUCCUUUCUCACAAGUUAUGCAUCCGCAGACGCCACAUUUCCUAUACACACAUCCCCUAUUUGCCUGUUCUACUGUGGCUGAUGGGGGCGGAUGGACAAACGAAAGUGUGGCUGGAUCAACAAAAAAAGUCAGUCAGCAGCUUUAGCUCUAGCUUGAAUUGACGUGCAUUCCU